AACAGGCGGUGGGGAACAAAAGCACAGCCAGAAAGCAAGAGAAUGGAGAGCCAAAACCAGCUCCCACAUACACAGCAACCAGCCAAAGGCACCACUUUCCUCAGAACCUGCUUCAAUGGACUCAAUGCCUUAUCAGGUGUUGGGAUUCUGUCAAUUCCAUAUGCUCUUUCCAAAGGUGGGUGGCUGAGCCUGACGCUCCUAUUUCUUGUAGCAAUUCUCUGUUUUUAUACAAUAUUGCUUCUGCGACGAUGUAUGGAUGCUCAUCCAUCCAUCAAAACGUAUCCCGACAUUGGUGAGCUAGCCUUCGGGCCCAAAGGAAGAGCCUUGGUGUCCCUAUUUUUGUACCUAGAGCUGUAUUUAGUUGCAGUAGAGUUCCUGAUAUUGGAAGGUGACAAUUUGGACAGCUUGUUCCCAAACAUGGUUUUCAAAAUUUCUGGCCUCAAGAUUAAAGGGAAGCAAGGUUUUGUGCUGCUUACUGCCCUUGUGAUCUUGCCCACAACAUGGCUAAGGAGUUUGAAUUUGCUGGCCUAUGUUUCUGCUGGUGGGGUUUUGGCCUCUGUGAUACUGGUGGCAUGUGUUCUCUGCGUUGGUGCUGUUGAUGGUGUGGGAUUUAAUCAAAGAGGUGAUCUUCUGAAUUGGGCUGGAGUGCCCACUGCCAUGAGCUUGUUUGCUUUUAGUUACUGUGGUCAUGCAGUUUUCCCAACCUUGUACAAUUCCAUGAAGGACAGAAACCAAUUCCCCAAGGUAUUACUAGUAUGUUUUGUUCUGAGCACAAUCAGCUAUGGAUCAAUGGCCAUUUUUGGCUACUUGAUGUAUGGAGAACUGCUGAAAUCUCAAGUGACACUAAACCUUCCUGUCCAAAAGAUAAGUUCAAAAAUAGCAAUCUACACUACACUAAUCAAUCCCCUCACAAAGUAUGCAGUGGUCAUCAUGCCACUUGCCACAGCCAUAGAGGGCAAAUAUCCUUUGCGGAACAACAAAUCAAUCAGCUUGCUCAUUAGAACUGGACUGGUAGUCAGCACCGUAAUCGUGGCGCUGACGGUUCCAUUUUUUGGCUACGUAAUGGCAUUCAUCGGCGCGUUUCUGGGCGUCACUGUGGCGAUGCUGCUGCCAUGCCUCUGCUACCUUAGGAUCAAGAAAGCUUCCCAGAGUUUUGGGCUGGAGUUGGCAGCAAUUGUGGGGAUUUUGGUGGUGGGGUCUGUGGUUGCUGUAAUUGGUACCUACACUUCUGUGAGGCAGAUUGUGAACCAUCUUUGAAUACUUUGAUACAGGUACAAUGGGGUUUGUGUCAGCAUCCAUUCAACCGGUAUGCACCAAAUACUGGAGCCUUAUUGGGAGUGUAAAUAGAGAUGAUUGGUGGAGUUCUUCAUAGUAUCCACCAUGGUGUAAGGAACAAUGGGCAAUGGGUGAGAUGAAUUGACCAUAGAGGAGAAACUUUUGUGGAUGGUGGAUGUCGCAUGGCAUGGCAAAAUGUGGGUGCUGGGAUUAGGGCAGGAAAGCCUGUGUAAUACUUUAUUUUAUGACAUAUGAAAAAUUGGACACUUAUUAAAUUACACGGAUUUAACUGUAA